AUGUCGGAAACAGCAGCUGGACUAUCAAAUUGGUUGUCAACUACGGCACUAGCAUGGGGGCUUGUAUGCAUGAUUGAGCGGCACGAAGAUGUAGCGCGAGAGCAUGCCGAUAUCCAGCGACGAGUAGAUGAAACGAAGACUCUGCUACGUACCGCGGGCACUGCAAUAGUCAAACGGUCAAGUAAAAUGUGGGAGCAGUGGGACAAGUGCUGCUCACUAGCGUUUAGCUUUUUCUUUGAGCAUGUCGAGAAAGUACCAUACGCAUAUGUGGACUUUGCAAGUCAACUUUACGAGUAUCUCAAACUACCAGACGUACCGGUUGAAUUUGAUUUUCAUAGUGAAGACACAGAUAAUGUCGUUGCUCUGUAUGAAGCAGGGAGAGCGGCAUCGUACACUAAUCACCGCUCUAGUAUCUUUCCAAGUGUAUUCUGUUACAUGCUAGUUCAGAGAGCCACGCAGUCAAUGCCUAUCCCACCCACGCAGCCAGUGCCGAUACCAUCUCUGCAGCCAGCGUCCAUCCCGUCCCAACAACCAGCGCCUGACCCAUCUCCGGAGCGAGGUCUGGUACCGCCCUUGCACCCAAGACGUGUCUCAAGCCAGCAGAGAAGUCUAGUACCGCCUCUUCAGCGAGGCCUAGCCCCACCUCUACAGCGAAAAUUUAUCCUGUCUCUGCAGCCAGCACUUGCCUCGCCCAAACAGGCAGCCCCAGCUAUAGACCAAGAGCAUCCCAAAGACCAAAGUUCCUAG